AUGAGACGGCGACCUGGAAUCGGCGGCUUGCAAAACGCCGUCGCCGCUAGGGAUCAAUAUCGUCUGCUUGGGGAAAAUGUGGCGAAACUGCGUACGGAUCUAAUGAAGGAGCAGCUCGCAACUUUUCGUUCUCAGUUAGAAGACUUUGCUCUCAAGCACAAGAAUGACAUUCGCAAGAACCCAGCUUUCAGAUCGCAGUUUCACGAGAUGUGUGCCAAAGUCGGAGUGGAUCCAUUGGCCUCGAACAAGGGUUUCUGGGCUGAGUUAUUGGGGAUUGGUGACUUCUAUUACGAGCUUGGAGUGCAAAUUGUUGAUAUUUGCCUGGCCACUAGAGCCAUAAAUGGAGGUUUGAUCAGUUUGGAAGAAUUGUGUAAAUUGCUAGGCCAGAGGAGGAAGGGGGCUCGUGAGGCCGUCUCUCAAGAUGACUGUUUGCGUGCGAUAAGUAAGCUAAAGGUGCUCGGUAAUGGUUUUGAGGUGAUUUCUCUUGGAAAGAAGAAGCUUGUAAGAUCUGUGCCUACGGAACUGAACAAAGACCACAAUGAAAUUCUUGAGCUAGCACAGGGUCAAGGCUACGUGACCGUUGAUGAAGUUGAGAGACGGCUUUCUUGGUCUUCUGGACGUGCAACGGAUGCCCUGGAAACUUUAUUAGAAGAAGGUCUUGCCAUGAUUGAUGAUGGUCACAAGGACGGUAGACGUCGGUAUUGGUUUCCAUGCGUAUCGUCAUCUGCCUCUUCCUACACAGACAACUGA